UCGGCCAUUUUGCCGAACCAACUGCUAAACAUAAACAACUAGUUGGCAAGAAUUGUGUAAAUUGCACAUUGAAGAUUUAUGUUUAACAGAUAAUUAAAAAAAAUCCGGUGCAUGGUGCUAAGGUUUUAACUAGGAUUAACAGAGAUGGCUGAAAUUCAGCCUAGUCCAAGAGGUAAUGGAGGGAGCAAGGGCAAGGGUACAAAUGAUCCGAUCCGGUUUUUACCGGUGCUCCCAUCAAAGCGAACAAAACCCACAUGGGAACAGAACCCGCCAUCAUUUGUGCUGUCUGGGAAAAUACCUGAGGAUGAUGGGAAAGACCAUAUUGAUUUGAUUGGGGAGCUGACAGCAAGGGACCCCAAACGACGGAAGCCAAACAAAUUAAAGCCAAUAACAGACAAACAGAAUGGCACAGAUGUUACACAGUUUCAGCAGCCAAAGAAAGACCGCGAAAACUUCCGAAAGUCAUUGGUGGACAUAAUCAUGCAAGAGGAAGGUGUCCAACAAACCAACAUGGCGUCUGCCACGGGUGAACUGCAGCCUCUCUCUAGAACUGGGUCACCCACUGCCGCGGAAAAAGAUAUACUGCGCUACUACUACUAUAUCCACCACGGCAUAGACACGGAACACGUGGCCCCCAUGGAGGAUUCCUGGUUGGAGAACGUGCUGGCUCUGAUAUCCACCGAACUCAAGGAGGGUCAUAAUGAGACCAUCGACAAUCUAUCCGACGAGAUGAGGGAAGACUAUCUGCUCAGUGUCAAGAAAGCUAUAGUUGACUUCGUCUUGAAAGACCCGCGCGAGCGCGACGACGAGAAGAAAGUUAAGUUGGCACCACACCGUGAGGAGCUCAUGGUGGUGCCGAAACCCUGGAACCGUUCCUACCUGCUCGGACUCGAACUCAUGUCUGAGAAUCUGCACGUGACCAACCCCUGCAUGCUGCAGGUGCUGGACCUGUGGCAUGGGACAUUUGGUGGCCUGAGGUUCAUUGACAUCGAGGAAUUCCACGCACGCCAAGACUCCAUGGAGCUGCAAAAUUUCCAGGCCCUCUGUCUGCGACACAUCGAUUCCGCCAAGGAAAAACUACUGAAGAAAUGGUUCCCGGAAGUUCAGAACAUCUUCUACCAGGGCAACAAGAGGAAGCAGGUGCCCAGCAAUCAGGAUCAGGAGAAGCUUGAAUCCUUCUUCAACUGUGCAGCCACCUUGAUGACCGAGAAUCUGCAGCUGCUCACGCUGCUGUCUCUGAAAGACUACCAGGACCUGAUUGUCCAACCACCGACGUCCACGCGAGCUUACGAGCACCCGGGCUUCAUCAUGCGUCUGAUCCUUGACAACACACAGAUCAAGUUCGAGCCCACAUUCAAUGACUUUGAGGUCAUCCUACUGAACGUGUUCGACGUGAUGAUCAAGGCGUCACAGGUGGUGCCCAGGGUGGAGACGAAACUCUACUCAGAAUGGAGCGGAGACAAAUCCAAGGCAACACUGAAACCAGUCAUCCUGGAGGAUAUACUUGAGGGACACAAGGUCGCGGUCCACGAACUCAUCAAGCAGGAGAGCAUUGGGCCGAUAGAGCACAGCAAAAUAUACGAUAAAUACAACUUCCUUAUCUCCAAACAGGCGGACACAGAUGUCGAACAGUUCCUGAAGGAGACGCACACGUUUGAUGAGUACAAGAAGGAAGUGGAGAAGUACCAUCGUCUGGUCGAGGAAAUCACCUACAACUCCAUCAAGGUGUUGAGACUGGGAAUGUUUGAGCUUCACUGCGAUGAUUUGAUUCGUGCCCUCUCCAAGCGUGCAGAUGCUUUGUGCACGAAACUGCUUGGACGUAUGGCUCGUGACCACCAAGAGGAAAAUAAAAUACUCUGCGACGACUAUGAGCAGAUUGCAGAGAAAGCACUGACGACACCUUCGAAUACGGAGGCCCUGAUGGAACUGAAGCAGUACAUCGAGAAAGUAGAGUCCGACAUCAUCUUCAAGAUGGAGAAGCGCCUGUACCAAUCCCAGGAACGCCUCUCCUUCCUCUCGGACUUUGCGCAGUUCAGUCCAGCGGAGAUUCGCGUGAAUGCGAACGUAUUCAUGUGGCACGGACGUAUGCCUGCGGUCUUCGAGGAGCACAAACUGAUAAUCUCAGAGAAACGCUCGCAGUACGAAGAUAACUUGAAGUUGCGUCGAGACCGCUUCAUUGAGGAGAUGGAGGGCUACGCGAAGCAGGUGGAGGAGUUUGCAACAUUCGGAGACAUGUCUGAUAUACAAAAGUACCUGCGCAAGUCUCAGGCCCUCAGUAACAAACUGGAGCAAGCGGCCGAGAAGAUUGAGAAUUUCAACAAUGAGGAGGAAGCGUUUGGCUGGCAGACCACAGCGUACCCCCAGCGUCAACAGAUCAUGACCACACUGAAACCUUACCUGCAGCUGUAUGAGACCACCGUGGACUUCAACAACAAAUACAAGGACUGGAUGGACGGACCAAUGUCUGGCUUGAAUCCGGACGAUGUUGAGCAAGAGGUUGGCAACUUCUGGCGUGGACUCUACAAACUGGAGAAGGCGUUCGAGUCCGUACCAGCUGCAAAGAAGAUAGCCGGCAAGGUGAAGUCCAAAGUAGAAGAGUUUCGCGAACACAUGCCCCUCAUCUCUACACUCUUCAACCCGGGCCUGCGCGAUCGUCACUGGGAGAAGAUCUCGGAGAUCGUCGGCUAUUCGCUGAAGCCAGACGACAGCUCCUGUCUGACGCGCUUCGUGGACAUGAACCUCGACCAGUUUAUAUCGAAGUUCGAGACGAUAAGUGAGGCGGCAAGCAAAGAAUACUCGCUGGAGAAGGCGAUGGAUAAGAUGAAGACAGAGUGGGGACCGAUUGAGUUCACCAUUAUCUCGUACCGUGACACGGGCACUUCAAUCCUGUCCUCGGUGGACGACAUUCAGCUGCUAUUGGACGACCACAUUGUGAAGACACAGACCAUGCGUGGGUCCCCUUUCAUCAAGCCUUUUGAAGUGGAAAUUAAGGACUGGGAAGGCAAGCUGAUGCUGUUACAAGAUGUACUGGAUGAGUGGCUCAAGGUGCAGGCCACCUGGCUCUACCUGGAGCCCAUUUUCUCCUCCCCCGACAUCAUGGCCCAGAUGCCUGAAGAGGGACGCAGGUUUACAACGGUUGACAAGAACUGGCGCGACAUCAUGAAGGCGUCCUUGCUGGACAAACACGUGCUCGAGGUGAUCAAGAUCGACAAGCUUCUCGAGCGUCUGAAGAAGUCCAACGAACUGCUCGAACUCAUUCAAAAGGGUCUGAACGAUUACCUGGAAAAGAAGCGUCUGUACUUCCCGCGCUUCUUCUUCCUGUCCAACGACGAGCUGCUUGAGAUCCUCUCCGAGACCAAGGACCCGAAACGAGUGCAGCCGCACUUGAAGAAGUGUUUUGAGGGCAUUGCAAAGCUGGAGUUUACGGACGUGCUAGACAUCACGCACAUGCUGAGCAGUGAGGGAGAGGUGGUGCAACUGCGUGACGUGAUCUCGACCUCAAAGGCUCGCGGCCAGGUGGAAAAGUGGCUCCUGGAGCUGGAGGCUGACAUGCUUUCCUCAUUGCACAAGGUGACCGGUGAAUCCCUGGAGGCAUACAAAACUCAGCCAAGGUCUGCGUGGGUCAAGGCCUGGCCCGGUCAGUGUGUACUGGCUGUUACGGCCAAGUACUGGACGGACUUCAUUCACGAGGCCAUCAGGAAGGGCGGCAAUGCUCUCCAGCUGUACCUUGACCUGAACAACAAACAGAUCGAUGAGAUAGUUGCCAUGGUGCGCGGCAAGCUGUCAAAACAGAACCGUACAACGCUUCAAGCCUUGAUUGUAUUGGACGUCCACGCGAGAGACGUGCUGGCAAAUCUGGUGUCUCUGAACAUCUCCAGUGAGUUUGACUUCAACUGGCUCAGUCAGCUCCGAUAUUACUGGGAGGAUGACCGCAUGGUAACCAGGAUGAUCAACGCCAUGUUGAAGUACGGCUAUGAGUAUCUUGGAAACUCAGGCCGUCUUGUGAUCACCCCCCUCACUGACAGAUGUUACAGGACCCUGUUUGGUGCCCUGCAGCUGCAUCUGGGUGGCGCCCCGGAGGGCCCGGCAGGAACCGGUAAGACUGAGACCACCAAGGAUCUCGCCAAGGCCGUUGCCAAGCAGUGCGUCGUCUUCAACUGCUCCGACGGUCUGGAUUACAUCGCCCUCGGGAAAUUCUUCAAGGGCCUUGCAUCGUGUGGCGCCUGGUCAUGCUUCGACGAGUUCAACCGUAUCGACCUUGAGGUGUUGUCUGUCGUAGCUCAGCAGAUCCUGACCAUCCAAAGAGCCAUUAACAGCGGCGCAGACAGCCUAGUGUUUGAAGGCACAGAGAUCCGACUGGACCCAACCUGCUCCGUGUUUAUCACCAUGAACCCUGGUUACGCUGGCCGUUCUGAGCUGCCUGACAACCUUAAGGCGUUGUUCCGUACAGUGGCGAUGAUGGUGCCAGAUUACGCGCUUAUCGCUGAGAUCUCGCUGUACUCGUGCGGUUUCGUGAAUGCCCGCCCGUUGUCAAUCAAGAUCGUGGCGGUGUACAGACUGUGCUCGGAGCAGCUGUCUUCCCAACAUCACUACGACUACGGCAUGAGGGCCGUCAAGUCUGUCUUGACAGCUGCCGGAAACUUAAAGCUGAAAUACCCAGACGAGGACGAGAACAUUCUGAUGCUACGUUCCAUCAUUGAUGUCAACCUUCCGAAGUUCUUGAGCCACGACCUGCCCCUAUUCCAUGGUAUCACUUCGGAUCUCUUCCCCGGCGUGAAACUACCCGAACCAGAUUACGAAAUCCUCAAUGAGCAUGUGCGGGACAACUGCGUCAAGAUGAAUCUGCAGUGUGUUGACUUCUUCCUCGAGAAAAUACAGCAGAUCUACGAGAUGAUGAUUGUGCGUCAUGGUUUCAUGAUUGUCGGUGAACCAUUCGGUGGCAAGACCUCCGCCUACAGAGUGCUGGCCGCAGCCCUGGGCGACAUUCAUGAGAAGGGUCUGAUGGAAGAGAACAAGGUUCAGAUCACUGUGAUCAACCCGAAGGCCAUCACCAUGGGUCAGCUCUACGGCUGCUUCGACCCAGUCUCACACGAGUGGUCGGACGGCGUGCUGGCCGUGUCGUACAGAGCUUUCGCCACAUCAACUACACCAGACAGGAAGUGGCUGAUAUUUGACGGCCCUGUUGAUGCCAUCUGGAUCGAGAACAUGAACACUGUGCUGGACGACAACAAGAAGCUGUGCCUGAUGAGCGGAGAGAUCAUCCAGCUCGCGCCCACCACCAACCUGAUGUUUGAACCCAUGGACCUUGAGGUUGCCUCCCCUGCCACGGUCUCGCGCUGCGGCAUGAUCUACAUGGAGCCGUCCACCCUGGGCUGGCGGCCGCUGGUCAAGUCGUGGCUCAAGGAUAUGCCCCCAGCGGUCAACGAGAUGCACAAGAGCACCAUUCAUGACCUGUUUGAGAGGUUCUGCGACGCCUGCAUCCAGCUGAUCAGGAAGGGCGGAGUCAAGGAGCUAGCGCCCACAUCGGACACCAACCUAAUCAAGUCCCUCAUGAACCUGAUGGAUGUUCAGAUGGACGAGUUCCAGGACGUGGCCAAGAUCUCUGCGAUGGAGGAGCGGGAGACCAUGACAUGGCUUGAGAGCAUUUUCUUCUUUGCGCUGACCUGGUCUGUCGGUGGCUCGUGCACAGAUGAUGGCAGGGUGAAGUUUGACAAACUUCUCAAGGAACUUAUGUCGGGAGGCAUGUCAGAGGAUACAAGAUUGAAGCUCAGUCUCCCGGAGCUGGUUGAACCCCCAAUGAAGCCCUACAUGAACCCCUAUCCACCCAAGGGCCGCGUGUACGAUUACAAGUUUGUCAAGGAGGGAGCAGGAAAGUGGGUACCGUGGACAGAAGAGCUGAAGGACACGCCUCCCAUACCCAAGGACGUGAUGUUUAAUGAGAUCAUCGUACCGACCGUGGAUACCGUACGGUACACCCACAUCAUGAACCUUCUGGUACAGCACCAGAAAGCCAUCCUCUUUGUGGGACCGACAGGUACCGGCAAGAGUGUGUAUGUUACGGAUUUCCUCCUGAACAAGCUGGACAAGGAAGUAUACAAGCCAAACAUCAUCAACUUCUCAGCGCAGACCAGCGCCAACCAGACCCAGAACAUCAUCAUGUCUAAGCUGGACAAGCGCCGUAAGGGUGUCUUCGGACCGCCCCUGGGAAAGAGAGCCAUUGUGUUUGUUGAUGACCUGAACAUGCCCCUACUGGAGCAGUUUGGCGCUCAGCCCCCCAUAGAGUUGCUACGUCAGUGGCUUGACCACUGGACCUGGUAUGACCUCAAGGACGUGGUGCCCUUGAAACUCAUCGACAUUCAGCUGUGUGCCGCCAUGGGACCACCUGGUGGUGGCCGCAACCCUAUCACUCCUCGAUUCGCGCGUCACUUCAACAUGGUGACGAUCAACGAGUUUGAUGAUGAAGCCAUGGUUACGAUAUUCCGAAAGAUUAUGGAGUGGCACAUAUCAUCUCGAGGAUUCAGCAAUGAGUUCAAGCCGUGCGUGGACCAGAUCGUUCAGGGCACGCUGCACGUCUACAAGGAGGCCAUGCAGCAACUACUGCCCACCCCUGACAAGUCGCACUACCUGUUCAACACUCGAGACUUCGGGCGGGUCAUACAGGGUGUGCUGCUGUCUACGCCAGAGACCAUGGAGGAACCCGCGUCCAUGAAGCGACUCUGGGUCCAUGAGGUCUUCCGGGUCUACUACGACCGUCUUGUGGACGACAAAGACCGAGACUGGCUCUUCAACUUCACGCGUGAAACGUGCAAGGAAAAACUCAGGGAAGACUUCGACCAGCUGUUCAUUCACUUAGACUUUGAUAAUGAUGGAAAGGUCACAGAAGAUGACCUCCGCAGUUUGGUUUACUGCGAUUUUGCCGAUCCAAAAUCGGACUCGAAGCAUUACGUGGAGGUCCGCGAUUUGGAGCAGCUUCGACACGUGGUGGAGAAUUAUCUGGAAGAGUUUAAUAACAUGAGCAAGAAGCCUAUGAACCUUGUGUUGUUCAGAUUCGCCAUUGAGCAUGUGUCAAGAAUUGCACGCAUCAUCAAGCAGCCGAGAAGCCACGCCCUCCUAGUGGGAGUGGGUGGAUCUGGUCGACAGUCGCUGACACGCCUUGCUGCACACAUGGCGGACUACGACCUGUUCCAAGUGGAGAUCUCGAAAUCGUACACAUCAGUGGAAUGGCGGGAGGAUCUGAAAAGAAUUCUACGGAAGGCUACUGAGACUGACAACCAUGGAGUGUUCCUGUUCUCUGAUACCCAGAUAAAACAAGAGUCGUUCUUGGAAGACAUCAAUACCUGUUGAAUGCAGGUGAGGUUUCCCAAUCUCUACCCUCUCGAUGAGACGGAGAUCUGUGAGAAAAUGAGACAGCUUGAUCGGUGA